AACUGGAUGUUUAACUAAUUUCACAUUUCUCUUGCAAUUAAUUGGCUAUAGGGCGCAAGUUUAAAAAUAAAUUGCUCUCACAAAUAACACUAAGUGCGGCGCAUCGAGGCUGUUUCUAACGGAAGACGGUUUAAUCCACCGAUCAAAGAGUGAGUUUACCAGGCUAUACAAACUUACAUUCGGAAUCAUUAUAUUUAGAGGAAUUAUUAUGCGAUAAACUUGAAAUACUCAAGAAGACAAUGAAAAUACAUGUGAAUGUGUGGCAUGAUAUAAAAGCAGAAAAUUGACAUUUGAAUAUAUGGGACAAUUUUUCUUGAAGAUAAUUCAGUUUUAGGUGGAGAACGAAAGUGCAGGCAAAGACUAGUUUCGACAUUUCCUUAGAAAACACAUUAUGGAGAACUUUAAAUGCAAGAGAAAAAAAGAUAUAGAAAUGUUACUCAAGCUGCAACGGAAAUAUAUAGUUGGUACUAACUUAAAAGACUCAAAAUAUUACUUGUCAUUAAAGAGUGGUGAUUUUAACCCUAGAGAACUGAAACCUUGUUCUUCCCAAAAUUAUCAUAUUGGUGGAGUGACUCCUGUUCUAUAUCCGAGUAAUAAUAGCAACAAUAAACAUACCAAGCUAACAGAAGAGAAAGUAAAACAGAAGAAUCUUAAUAAACUCCAGUUUAAAUCUCUGCCCCAAGCUUCAGACUUUUCUAUAGAUGCUAAAACAAAAUACAUACGUAAACCAUCUAUACUGGAGAGAAUUGAAAGAAAUGAACUCAAUUUGAAAAAGAAACUUAAAUCAGAUAUCAGAAUUUAUGACUGUAAAAGAACUUUCUCAAAAUGCAUUAUAAAGAAAGCAAAGACAAAAACAGAAUUUACUUACCUUCUUCCAGAAUUGAAAAAAGAAAUAGAAAUGAAAGACAUUAAGAAAGUAAUAUUCAAUAAACCUUCAAGCAAAUUGAAUGUUCAGUUUUAUAACAAUAGUGAGAUACGAUUAGUAGCAAAUAACUUUUUUAAGUGGAUGGAAUCCAUUGGUGAAGGCGGACCAUAUCUAACAGUCAGUUCAUUAUAUAGCCUUUUGUUGAACAGUUUUGAGAUAAAACCCUCAUUGGCUAUAAAUCUACAAAUAAUCGAUGAAAAGGAACUGGGCAUUGGCUUUCGUAGAUGUUCUACCGAAUUAGAGAGUUUUACCUUUGGCCAUGAAAAUCCUUCCUACGUCGAAUAUUUUGACAAUAGAAUAAGUAAGAAAGAGCUUUUAAGAUUUGAGAAACUAUUCUCCAAUGAUGAAUAAUUAUGAUGAUGACAAAAAUUAUCAUAAAUAUAAACAAAAAUAAUGGCCAAACAGUGAAAAUUUAUAUUGAACUUUUCUAAUCACUUCGCAAGUUACUGUUAUAUAAAGGAACAAAAAUUAUUAUUUAAUAUAGAUUUUAAACUGUAUUAAAUCUAUAAAUGAAUUUCUGGCAUGUAAUAUAUUCUAGUGAAGUUUGCAGAAAACAAAAUUUAUUCAUAGAAUGGAAAUCGUGUAAUCAAAUGAAAUUAUAA